AUGUGCAGAUUGGAGCCAUUUCUGAAGUGGUCCCUGGUGGUCCUCCUUUUCCUGGGCCUGGCAGAGGCCUGUAUCCCUCGUAAAGUCGCAAUGGAAGAAAAAAGUAAGAACUAUAAGGGUUGGCUGAAGCUGAUGAGCAGACUGUCCCCGGAUGGUUUCAGACAAAACAUCAUAUCCUCCUCCAAGACGCCUCCCCUGGUAACCAUUCCAGACAAGACGGAGGAAGAAUGUAAGUACUUUGAAAAGGUCCUUGGUCUGCUGAGCCUCCAAGUGCUGAGUGAAGAAGCAAAUGACUGCAAAGAAGAAGUGAAGUCUCCCCCUGCCAGCACCACAGCCAGGGUCCUUGUGAAGAACGGCGGAUGGAACUUUUUGAAGUGCGCCUACAUGGUGAUGACCUUCCUCUUCGUGUCCUACAAUAAAGGAGACUGGUGUUACUGUCACUACUGCAACCCGGAGCUGAAUCUGAGAGACGACCCCUGCUGCUCUUUCUAG